UAAGUAAGUCUAAUAGUAGAAGUAGUUCUACUACAAUACCUAACUUACAUACAUUGUCGAGAAAUUGUCCACAUUGGGUACCUAUGGCGGUUAGUACCUAUAUGACCACCAGUGAAAGGUUGAUGUUUUUGAAUAGCUCAACUUUACUUGAUUCAAGCAUUAAGUUUUUUUCUUAAGUAUUUAAAUUUUUUUAAAUCAAAAGUGAAAAUGAUUACCAAGUGUCUAGUUUUUCCAACCUUUGCAUUUUUGUUGAUCAUAAACAUCUCACAUUCAUAUGGAUACCAAUACGGACGUAAAUAUUAACCAUUUCAUCAAUAACCGUAAUCGACCGAAUACUCCUGUACUCGAUGCAGUACUCAUCGUUUAUUCGAGCUCAUAUUAAUGCCACAAAGAUUAGGUUGUAUCUAGCUACCGGCACACCUUACCCAAAUGUACCUCAGUAUCCUCUGAAUUUCCGAAACGUGCGCUUUUAUUUGUAUACGAGAAAAAAUCCUGAUAUUCCUCAAAUACUGUACGCUGGGGAUUCUAAAAGAAGACUACUCCUGGCUGGGUUCGAUCCUCAGCUCGAAACUGUGAUUUACUGCCAUGGAUAUAAUAGAACUUUUGAUGAUUCGGCAUCUAAUUUUACAUCUUCUUUACUACCGCGGAAAGACGUCAACAUAAUCAUCGUGGUCUGGGAUUCGUAUACAUUUUUUGACGGAUUUUACGUGAUAUUUUCCACAAUAUUCAAACUGGCCGAUGUUAUUGCCAAUUUCGUGGAAACUCUAAUCUUCGCCGGAGCUGAUCGUAAGAAGAUGAAUUUGAUGGGACUUAGUGAUGGUGCUCAAGCAGUGGCAUUAGCUGCCAAAAAAAUACAUCCAAGAGUUGCAAGGCUGACUGUAUUCGAUCCAGUAGGAGAUUUUUUUAACUUCUUACCUCCAACUCAAAGAGUCUCAAUUGGCGAUGCUGAUUACGUACAAAUCAUCCACUGUACCAUUUCCAAGGAAGGUUUACGUCCUCAAAUCAAAGGUGAUAUUACUUUUUACAUGAAUGGUGCCAUAAUACAGCCUCAAUGUGCCAACUAUACCGACGUAACAAUAAUUGCGUACUGUAGUCACGUCACGUGUAAUUCAUACCUCAAUGAAUCUUUGAAGAAAAAUGACACUUUGAUGGGCAUUAAAUGUGCUGGGUUCCUUAGUCGUUACCCUAAAGAUUACGAUUUUUCUGAUAAAGUAAUUCUCACUUAUGAUGUUCCCACGAAAUUCAAAGGCUCGUAUUGUGUUAAUACAGAUUACCCUCCUCCUCCAGUAUUUUAAAAUAUAAAGGAUACUUUCUUAGCAAAUUAUUGUUGGCGUAACUUUUUUGUUUUUAGAAAACGCGGGCCAUUAGGUACAGCUAAUUUCAUAAAAAUUUAUUAAAGAUUAAGGUGGUUGAGAUGUAAAUGCACAAUAAGAUCCGUUUAAUAAUCGGAGAAGUUUGUUUUCAUAUUUUCUGAGUAUCGAAAUUGUCAAAAAUAAGCAAAAUGACGGGUGCGCAUG